AUGACUUCUCUCAAAGCUGCAGAGCCGGUGAGUCCAUCAGCAUCGUCGAUAUUCCUGCCUCUGGGCAGACGUGGCUCUCGUGCUUCUUUGUCAACUCAAGCCGAGCGCGAAACAUUGAACGAAGCUCUGGAUCAAAUCCAUUCGGCUGCCUAUCAAUCUGACUCUCUUACCGUUUUCAACGAGUUCACGAACCCACCAGUUCCUUCGUCAGCUGCCGAGAACAACAGCAUCGCAAAUGAUCCUCAUGGAGGUCUUAGCGGACUCUACAGUCGAUUACGAGCAUCUGUUGGCGGUGUCAAAGAUGUGAUGAGUAAUGGUGGUCGGGGAUCUGAAGGACCGUCACCGGACGUUUCCAAUAAAGUAGCUGUGGCAGAGAAUAAUUCUGCAAACAUUGGUUACGCGCAGGGCUCUCAGACAACUUCAGGUCAGGUCUCUAAGGUUCAAUCGCCAUCAGUGAGCGCCUUUUCUCCCAUCACAGAUACUUUCAACAACGGCCCUGGAACCAAAAACAAUAAGCUUGCUUCAAAGCCGGCAAGUGUGUCAUCAAAAGCAUCUGUGGCAUCUACGCCCGCUGUAAAAUCGCCUGUGCCACCGCUCACGAAAGUGGCAGACCCUGAGGUGACAGAAGUCAAUAUUAAUGCACUCCGAGAUGGCCCUCUCAACGUCAACUCUAGCGGAACACAGCCGCUGGUUGUGGAGCCUAGCGUCACAGAGAGAAGUGAAGACUCUCUGCGAUCUUCAAUCAGUGGAAAUGCGACUGCUUUUUCAAGUCAACGAUCCUUUUCGCCUGUGUUGACUGGGAAAUCGCACAAUAACUUUCGAGAUGGUCAAACAUUGCCUGAUCCAUAUCACAAUACAAAGACCGGAAAUGAUACACCAAACUUGGAUAAACAGAAGAAGCCUGUAUCGGAACUACAUGAUCAUCGCGAUCUUCCCGAAUUAGACACGUCUGUAGCAACCACCACUCGGAAGGCCAAAGAAAUACAAAACAGCGACCACGAAGCAAAUUCUGUGCAAGGAAACAUGAUUACAACCUCUUCGAGCUCCCUCAAUGCUGAUGAAUCUACAGCCCCAACGUCCGCUAGUAAUAGUUUGACGCAAGGUUCAAAUGACGAUAUAUCCCUCCCCGAUGGGCGCACCUCCACCACUCUAGCAACGUCUGCUUCUAUAGGAGACCACGGAUCAAGGCCUUCAAUAUCUUCAACUUCCUCAUUUGAUAAACCUCGAGACAAACUCGUCACACGGGUUAGCACAGGUCGAUUGCCGGGUUAUGUGAUGUCUAGGGCAUCAUCAAGCGAAACGGCUACUACUCGCUCAGCCGUGAUUGAGCAAUCUACAAAUCAGUCCUUUCGAAGCAGAGCUAUGAAUAAGGUCGAAGAUAAUCAGCAUGGCGCCUUUUCUCAGCUAAAGAGUAAACUGUUGAGCAGAGAAUUCUGGAUGCGAGAUGAAAAUGCUAAGGACUGCUUUUUAUGCGGAGAGCCGUUUACCACGUUUCGACGAAAACAUCAUUGCCGCACAUGCGGCCAAAUUUUCGAUUCCAAGUGCACAACACUCAUACCGGGGACACUUUUUGGUCAAGGCGGCUCCAUCAGGGUUUGCAAACCUUGUGAAGAUAUGAUCAACUCACGCGAAUUUGAUUCUUCAGAUCUAUCGGAUAUCGAGCAAAGUCCAGUAGUUGCCAACGCUGAUGCUGCUAGCUUUGAUUUCAACGGAGCUGUGACCAACCGCGCUCACGCUGAGGAGGAUGACGAUACAUCUUCUAUUAUCUCUCAAUCGAUGGAACAUGUGAUCAAAACCCCUACUAUGGCCAUCCCAGCAACAAGGCGCAUGGCAGAAAGUGGAAAUCGACGAUCUGCUGUUCUAGAGAUUGGCCCAGAACGGCCGCUGACUCGUCCAACAUCUUCUAGGUCACUUAGAUCAUCUGCAAGCCUUCGAAGUCAUUCAAUAAGCCACAAACGACAUCACUCGCGACAGCAACUUUUAAGAGGCUUCAAGACCUCCCAUGAAGACCGUGCUCCGUUUCAACGGCGCCAUUUGGACGAUACAAACCAAAAUACUCGGCUGCCAGCUUUUCACAGGGACAGCAUUAUUGACCCUGACCUGGCUCAAUAUCUAUCGGACGAUGCAUCCAGUGGAGACGAACAGCCCAAUUUACUUUCAGUCGUAUCCGACAACAAUUUGGCCAAAAGCAAUGACCAUGAGAAGGCCUCGUUUGGUGGGUUUCUUGCAGCAGUAAAGAAAAGCCGAUCUCGUUUCAGCGACCGCAGUACGAUAAAUGGCCCUGGCUCCAUGCGUGAAGCAGAUGAUGUUAGUAUCAGCAGCUCCAAAGCCGUGAAUCUCCCACGCAAUUCUCGACGCCGUAAUCUUAGCAUUGCAAGUAGCGCCCACCAACGCCCCAUACCGCGUGUUACUAAGGACAAUGCUUUAUUGUUUCAUGAACAUCCUACACCGAAUACUGCUCAUGCCGCCGUACCCACAUCGGGCAGUGGCUUCAAGAUGACAAGGAGUUCAUCCAUGAGGGGAUCUAGUGCGCCCGCUAUUGAAUUGAAUCGAGUGAGCUUAGAUCAUGUUCGUAAGCUGCUUCGACAGCUUUUGAAGGACUUCUCCAUUCCCCACUCAAACAGUUGGGAGACGGCGCUGCUGCCGAUCUUGUUAAAGGCCACGGAUGAGGUUGACCCAGAUGUGCAAGGCGGUGAUGAUAUGGACAUUCGUCAUUACGUGAAGCUCAAAAGGAUACCGGGGGGGCGUCCUGGGGAUACAUCAUAUGUUUCUGGCUUGGUUUUCACCAAAAAUCUAGCCCUGAAAAGCAUGCCCCGCAGUAUAUCUCAUCCCAACAUUUUGAUUAUUACCUUUGCGAUUGAAUAUGCCCGUCAUCAACAACAUUUUAUGAGUCUUGAACCAGUGAUCCGACAAGAACGAGAGUUUCUCGAAAAUCUAGUCAGCAGGAUUGCAGCAUUGCGACCUAGCUUACUUCUUGUUGAGAAAAGCGUCUCAGGGCUUGCCCUCGAACUUCUCGAGAAGUCCAAUAUUGCGACUGCAUACAAUGUGAAACCAUCUGUCCUCGAAGCUGUCUCAAGAUGCACACAGACAAAGAUAAUAACCUCUAUGGAUAAACUAGUCACAACGCCAGCUCAUACGGGGCACUGUGACAGCUUCGACUUGAAAACUUACGUUUUUGGAGGUCGAAGGAAAACGUAUAUGUACAUAUCAGGCUGCCCGGAGGAACUUGGCUGCACUAUAGUCUUACGUGGUGCAGACAAUGAUGUUUUGUCUAGAGUGAAGCGGAUCACUGAAUUCAUGGUCUAUGUGGUCUAUAAUUUGAAAUUGGAAACCUGUUUGAUGAGAGAUGAGUUUGCAAAGUUACCGACAACCGAGGAGGUUAGCAAGAAGAAAGUUAACACUGGUGAGAAAAGCUUGGUACUCAAGGGAUUGCCAUCAAGCGAACACUCUACAACUCAUAGGGAUUCUGCUCAGCCAACUAUGGGCGACGGAUCUACUCGAGACGGCACAGCCGGUCUUACUCGUGCAACUGUUGCAACCGACGUACCCGAUGAUGUUCCAAUGCCCACUUACUACGAAGAUAUGGUUGAGAAGCACGAGACAAAAAUUCUUUCAGCCUCCCCAUGUGUGAAAUUUGAGGCUCCAUAUCUACUCAUGAGGGCCCGGGAGUUAGAACGCCGAUUAUCCUAUCUAAAAAGUCUACGUGACCGUGAUCCAAUGGAGCACGUGUCAGAUGAAAAGAGCAAAUCUCAAAAGUUCAUGCUGAUCACACCUGAAAUGGUUCAUCAAGACCCGGGAAAUGCUUCAGAAAAGGUGAAGGAAGUUCUGCGAGCGGUACACGAUGCAGAAUUUGACAGGGCUAUGCACAACUACCAAACUCAAAAACGGCAGUGGGAGGCUUAUCUUUCAGGAAACAAGAAUUUAUUUGAUCCAUUCGCUCACCAGAAUAUAGUAGUGCUUUACAGCUUAGUUUGCACUACGACUUCUAUUCCUUGUUCUGGGCCCGAUAUCUUUGCCUUGGACUUUUACAAUGAACACGAAGGUGACGAUCACGUAUUUGAAGCGGAUUGCACUUUAGGCCAAUAUGUUGAAGACUUGUGCUUAGAAGCAAACUCAGUGUGUAACGUGAACGGAUGCGAAAAGCGUAUGUGUGAACAUCAUCGCCAAUAUGUUCAUGGUGAGGCCCAGAUUAGCAUAUUUGUGCAGCCGUAUCCAUCGAAGCUACGUGGCUUGCAAGACAGAAUACUCAUGUGGAGUUGUUGUAAAAUAUGCGGGAACGAGACCCAGGUUAUUCCUAUGUCCGAAAGCAGUUGGAGAUACUCGUUUGGCAAGUAUCUUGAACUGUCCUUCUGGAGCAGAGAUCUUCGCGCAAGAGCUGGAGUUUGUUCUCAUGACAUCCAUCGCGAUUACUUGCGAUAUUUUGGAUUCAAAGACAUGGCUAUUCGGAUUCACUAUGAUGCUAUCACUCUACUGGAAAUAAUUGUUCCACGUGCGCGAGUGACCUGGAAAGUCGACAAUGACCUGCGCCUCCGAAAUGAAGUUUACAACAAAUUUGAGCACCGAAUCUCCAAGUUCAUGGGCUCUGUGAAGGCCCGCCUCAAGCUUAUAAAUGCUGAGAGUGUUCUGCCUGAAAAAGUCGAAGAAUGCAGGAAAGAAACCGAAAUGCUCGUCAAAAAGGCCAAUGAAGAUCACGCAAGCUUAGUCAAGCACCUACAGGAUAAAUACACGAAUUCUCAUUAUUGGGAAGUUAUCCCGCUGAAUGAAGUUCUCAGAGCUGUCCAAGAAAAGGUUGUUGAAUGGGACACCUGCUUUGCUGAAUUUGAGAAAAAUUUCUUCCCGUCAGAAAAGGAUAUCAGAAGGUUGGCUUCAUUGCAACUCAAAAAGAUCUUUCUUGAUAAGGAUGUUUCUGUCACAUCUUUGACAUCUUCUGAGGAUGUUUCAACAACUCCCACUGAGCAAGACCUUGAGGAACUAGACGAGAAAUCCCCACGCCCGAGAUCUGUACGUCGAAUGACUUUGUCACCAGAAAAAGCACAAGACGUACUUGUUUCGGUUGUUGAGGAGCAUUCUGGUAAAAUCGACGAAGGCGGAACAAAAUUAAAGCGAAACGAGUCGCCGGAAUAUAUUCCCGAAAUUGCUUCAAGGAAUGAUCCUGGUUCUCAUACAAGCGUGGCCAACCAGGAAGAAGUACAACAUCUGGAUCUCGCGGUUUCGAAUGCUAUGUCUGGUGAUCAUGAUCUUGCAUCUGCAAAUGGUGAUUCUGCCUCACGAGCCGGUACACCCUCAGUAUGUUCGGACAGACUUACUCCAUCUCCUGAACUACUCGAUCAUCCUCGACCUGCAAAGAAAAGCUCAAGCCGCCGGGGCAGUGCAUCUAGCCCUCAGCCAAUACCUAACACUUCCAAUAUUCCUAGAUUCACCGAGAGUAACUCACGUCGGAAUGGCAAAGCCAGGUCGCCUCCUCUGCACCGGGCAUAUUCACAACCUCUCCAGACUUUACGAGAGAAGGGCAACUCAGGGCCAAUGGCUGCGUUGAAAUCAGGUUUCAGCAACUCGAGCAAAGUUCCCAGUCCUUUGCCUAGCCCACCUGCGAUUGACAAAUACAAGACUGGUGAUAAAAAAUUGUCUGAUCGUCUUGGUUUAGGUGCAUUGAAGUCCGGGAAAGUUCCCGCGGGCCAUUCAUUAAUCCCCCGCUCAAUUCCAAGCAAAAAGAAGAGCCCGCGUGUAUCCAGUUUAGCUCGUCACUUCGAACAGCUAAGCAGGGAGUUCGAAAAAGAAAGACAGCGCGAACGAUUACAGCGAGCCGCCAAGAGCAAGCAUUCACGUGCAUACCCCAUGACAUCCUCGAAAGCCACUGUGGAGGUUUACAAAAAUGUUCGUGAAGCUGUCGAGGAGCGGGAACCUUCUGGUGAAGGAGAAGAACUGCUCUCUGGGAAGUCACAGUUGCCAUUAGAAACUGCUGCUAGGGAUAGUGAUGAGAUUUUCAGAACGGAUACGAAUAUCAGCAAGGAUGGUCCUGCUGAUAAUACCACUUCAACUUCUCCGGAGCCAGAACAGAACAACACGACUGAGAACUCCUUCGAAACUGAGGAGACGCCAAGUGAUGAGGAUCAUAGUAUAGCCGUCGCAGAAUCACCUGAAGAAUCCAUGAAAAUUGAUGACGAGAUCGAUUUGAAAGAGCUUCCCAAGCAUGAACGGAAUACAUUGGUAAAGAUGUUGACGAACUUCUGGGCUGAACGGUCUGCAAGCGGCUGGCAGCCUCUAGACUACCCCUUGAAAGUAUCGGAUCAUGUUUUCGCUGAUUGUGACAUUAUCGUCCGCGAAGACGAACCGACCUCCUUGAUUGCAUUUGCGUUGGAUUCCGCCGACUAUAAAAGCAAACUUGCAAGUAUUCAGGCGCAUUACAAUCAGGAGGACAAGCAGCAGAUGUCUCCGAAUGUAGAGGUGAAAGCACGGGACGAAGUCAGCGUUGAACAUGCUCUUCUUAGGCCCACGGGCACACAUUUGAAAUAUCAAUUUCAAGAAGGUCAAGCCAAAAUGCUGUGCAAAGUAUUUUACGCCGAACAAUUCGAUGCCCUGCGAAGGAAGUGUGGUGUAGCAGAUCGUAUCGUUGAAUCUCUUUCUCGAUGCGCCAAAUGGGACUCCAAAGGCGGAAAGACAAAGUCACUCUUUCUCAAAACACUCGACGAUCGCUUUGUCCUGAAAUCAUUAUCUCAGAUCGAAACACAAGCAUUCCUCAAGUUUGCUCCAGCCUACUUCCAAAUUAUGUCUGAGGCAUUAUUCCACGAACUUCCGUCGGCCAUUGCAAAGAUGUGUGGGUUCUACCAGGUCAUUAUAAAGAAUCCUGCUACAGGCGUUGAAUUCAACUGGUUUUUGCUUCUCAUGGAAAACUUGUUUUAUGAUCGAGAACCCACCCGUAUCUUCGAUCUCAAGGGGUCGAUGCGGAAUCGCAAGGUGCAAAGUACUGGAGAGCGCGAUGAGGUGCUUCUUGACGAGAACAUGGUUGAUUUUAUCUACGAGACACCAUUAUUCACUCGCGAGCAUUCAAAGAAGCUACUCAGCCAGAGCGUAUGGAAUGACACCUUGUUCCUUGGUCGACAAAACGUCAUGGACUAUUCCCUGAUGAUCGCAAUUGACGAGCCUCGCAAGGAACUUGUCGUUGGAAUUAUUGACUGCAUUAGAACGUAUACCUGGGACAAGAAGCUUGAAUCCUGGAUUAAAGAUCGUGGCUUUGCCGGCGGCGGUAAGAACAGACCGACUGUGACAAGUCCGAAGGAGUACAAGAGUCGAUUCAGAGAAGCAAUGGCUAGAUACGUCCUCCAUGCACCUAAUUGCUGGCAUCAAUUCCAAUCAACAUACUUAGACAGUCGCCGCAUUGAGAAUCACCUCUCCCAUAUGCAAACGCCAAUACCCAUCGAUACAGAGAACAGCGACCUGCUAGUGACUCCCGUGAAUAAUGAAUAA